AUGGUUGUCGUUACACGGACACAUCUGACGAAACCAAACUAGUGUGCAAGCCUGAUCAAAAAAAAAAAACUAGUGUGCAAGCGAGAGAGAGAGAGAGAGAGAGAGAGCCUCUAUAUAUACGUAUACAUCUGCAACACUCACCCCCUUCAGAUUCUCUAUUCUGCUUCCACUUCCUUCGAAAAGCCAAUGGAAACCGUCGAUCCAUCAACGUCGGCUCGAGGCCGGCUGGCCGUCCUCUCGGCGCACCUCUCCGCCUGCGUCGAACCCGACGCCUUCUCGCCGGUGAUCGAGGCCUCGGGCGCCUCCGCCCAGACGUUUGUCGCGCCGCCGCCGAACCUCAAGGGCUCUCUAGCCAUCGUAGACGAGAGGACCGGUAAAAAGUACCAGGUUGAGGUCUCUGACGAAGGAACCGUCAAGGCUACGGAUUUGAAGAAGAUAACAACCGGAAGGAAUGACAAGGGGCUCAAACUUUAUGAUCCAGGCUAUCUGAACACAGCUCCUGUCCGGUCGUCAAUUUGUUAUAUUGAUGGUGAUGAGGGGAUUCUUAGAUAUAGGGGCUACCCAAUUGAGGAGUUGGCAGAGAGUAGUUCCUUUUUGGAAGUGGCCUACCUUCUAAUGUAUGGGAAUUUACCUUCUGAAAGCCAGUUAGCUGAUUGGGAAUUUGCUGUUUCUCAACAUUCAGCUGUGCCACAAGGAAUUUUGGAUAUCAUACAGGCAAUGCCUCAUGAUGCUCAUCCCAUGGGAGUUCUAGUCAGUGCAAUGAGUGCUCUCUCUAUCUUUCAUCCUGAUGCCAAUCCUGCUCUCAGAGGCCAGGAUUUGUACAAGUCUAAGCAAGUGAGAGAAAAACAGAUAGUGCGCAUACUUGGGAAGGCACCAACCAUUGCAGCCGCAGCUUAUUUGAGGUUGGCAGGAAGGCCUCCAGUUCUUCCCUCUAGCAACCUUUCUUAUUCAGAGAACUUCUUAUAUAUGCUGGAUUCAUUGGGUGAUAGGUCUUAUAAACCCAAUCCUCGAUUGGCACGUGUGCUGGAUGUUCUCUUUGUAUUACAUGCAGAACAUGAAAUGAAUUGCUCCACAGCAGCUGCUAGGCAUCUAGCAUCAAGUGGAGUCGAUGUGUACACAGCUCUUGCUGGGGCAGUUGGAGCACUGUAUGGUCCUCUUCAUGGUGGAGCAAAUGAAGCUGUGCUUAAGAUGUUGGGCGAGAUUGGAACUGUUGACAACAUUCCGGAGUUCAUUGAAGGUGUGAAAAACAGGAAGAGAAAGAUGUCAGGAUUUGGGCACCGUGUCUACAAAAACUAUGAUCCCAGGGCAAAGGUCAUAAGGAAACUGGCAGAGGAAGUUUUUUCGAUCGUUGGCCGGGAUCCUCUCAUUGAGGUGGCUGUUGCUUUGGAGAAAGCUGCACUAUCAGAUGACUAUUUUGUCAAGAGGAAGCUAUAUCCGAAUGUUGAUUUCUAUUCUGGAUUAAUUUAUAGGGCCAUGGGUUUCCCGACGGAGUUCUUCACUGUUUUGUUUGCAAUCCCUCGUAUGGCUGGCUACUUAGCACAUUGGCGAGAGUCCCUGGAUGAUCCUGAUACCAAGAUAAUGAGACCUGCUCAGGUGUACACUGGCGUAUGGUUGAGGCACUAUAUGCCACUCACCGAGAGAAUGGUGACACUGGAGGCAGAUAAACUUGGUCAGGUAUCUGUUUCAAAUGCCACCAGGCGGCGAUUGUCUGGCUCUGGAGCUUAGGCUUUGAACUUUUCGACUGAUAUUUUUCUCACUGGUCGGAGAAGCAAUAACCUGCCUAUGGUUAGGUAUUCGGAAUGAAUGUCUAACUGUCUCCAAAAAAAGUAUUGCCUCUACGUUUGUUCUGAUUUGUUGCAGCAUGAAUAAGAUUAUGUGUACAAGAGUAUCAUGUUCAGAUAAACGAACUUGACUCAAAAUUCCAACCAAGUUCAAGCAAUUGAGUAUAUCAAUUCAGUUUUUUUUUUGGUCUCAAAA